GGCGCUGCCCCGCGCCGGCCCGGGGACAGCGCUGAGCCGGGCGGGUGAGGCACCGGCGCUGCAGGGAGGACACGGUGAAUUACCGCUGGCUGCGGAUCUUGUUUUUCUGUUUUAUUUCGUGCGGUUUUGCGGGUUUUAUGUUUAACCUAGAGCUGUUACCGUGUCACCCAAGAGCCUCACGCCCAGCAAGAGCCCCCGUUCCCCGAGGACCCCAGUUCACCUCACGGCUGAUGAGACACUCCCCGCCCUUCGGUUGAGUCUUCAAGCCCAGGAGGUUCAGCAGGAUCUGAUGACCAUGAGUUUGACCCCUCUGCUGAAAUGUUGGUGCACGACUUCGACGACGAGCGGACGUUAGAGGAGGAAGAAAUGAUGGAAGGAGAACCCAACUUCAGAGCUGAAAUCGAGGAUCUCACCAGGGAGAGUGACAUGCCCAUCCAGGAGCUGCUGAGCCGCUACGGCUACGACGGCUCCGUGCCCCUGCAGGAAGAGGAGGAGGAGGAGGAGGAAGAGGAGGAGGAGGAGGAGGCAGAGGAUGAUGAUGACGUCGAUAACGACGACAACAGCGGCUGCAGCGGGGAAAACAAGGAGGAGACCAUCAAAGAUUCCUCAGGGCAGGAAGAUGAAACCCAAUCCUCCAACGAUGACCCAGCUCCAUCCGUGGCUUCCCAAGACCCCCAGGAGACGAUUCGCCCCCGACGUUGUAAAUAUUUUGAUACCAACAGUGAAAUGGAGGAGGAGUCUGAGGAAGAUGAAGAUUACAUUCCUUCAGAGGAUUGGAAAAAGGAGAUCAUGGUGGGCUCCAUGUUCCAGGCGGAGAUCCCCGCCGGCACCUGCGGCUACCGCGACAACGAGAGAGUGUACGAGAACGAGGACCAGCUGCUCUGGAGCCCAGCUGGUUUAGCCGAGGACCGAGUGGCCGAGUUCCUGCGCGAGGCCUCGCGGCGCUCGGGACGCGAGAGGGGCCUGGACGCCAUUCCCGAGGGAUCGCACGUCAAGGACAACGAGCAGGCCCUGUACGAGCUGGUGAAAUGCAACUUCGACCCCGAGGAGUCCCUGCGGAGGCUGCGCUUCAACGUCCGGGCAGCGCGAGAAGAAUUAUCAGUGUGGACAGAAGAAGAAUGCAGGAAUUUUGAACAAGGAUUGAAAGUUUAUGGCAAAGAUUUCCACGUGAUCCAGGCGAAUAAGGUCCGGACCCGCUCCGUGGGGGAAUGUGUGGCUUUUUAUUACAUGUGGAAAAAAUCUGAACGUUACGAUUUCUUCGCUCAACAAACCCGUUUUGGGAAGAAAAAAUACAACCUGCACCCUGGGGUCACGGAUUACAUGGAUCGUCUCCUGGACGAGAGCGAGAGCGCAGCUUCCAGCCGGGCCCCGUCCCCUCCGCCCGCAGCCUCCAGCAGCGCCGGCCAGUCCGAGAGGGAUGAGGGCAGCAGCAGCACCCAGAACGGUGUCUCUGCCAACGGCCCAGGGGAGGUGCCAGGGAAAGAGGAGGCAAAACUGGAGGGACUGCACGUGAAUGGACCCUGCAGUGGGAAGAAAACCCCUCACACAGAGCUGGAUACAAAUGGUUAUGAACCCCAAAACCUCUCCAGUGACCCCAAACUGGCUCAUUCAGCCUCAAGGAACGAGCCUGAGCUGGAAGAAAAGAGUGAGAGACCUGUGAAGAGGAGAAGGAUGAACAGCAGUGGCAAGGAGAGCCCGGGGGCUUCAGAGUUCUUGCAGGACACCAACUCCCACGGCAAGAUGGAGGAGCUGGAAACUUUGGAUGACUGAGUGCUGGGAGCUGAUUUUAUUCCUUGGAGUAAAUUUUGGGUGUCUAAAAUUUUCAGGGUUGAUGGGUUACCUUCCAAAAUCCAGUUCCAUAAACAAUCUGAGAUUUUUAUUAUUAUUAAUAUUAUUAUUAUUAAUAUUAUUAUUGUUUGUUUCCUGAGACCUUCUAAUUGGCUCUAAAGAUCCAAUGAUUUGGGUUUUUUUCAGUGCUGAAAAGCAGCAGAAUAUUGAAUUUCCCAGAGCUGGCAGCUGCAGUUCUGGGGUAAAAGGCUCUUAAAUAUUUAAGGAACGAAGCAGGGAGUUGCUGCAAAAAAAAAAUAUUCCCAGCCUAACACAUUAAAGAAUGUGUUAAUACAGCAUUUAAUGUAUAAAACAGCAUUUAAUCAGUGUACAAGUGAACAAAGCAUUUGGGGCUUUGCAGGAAGUUAAAAUAAAACAGGAAAAGCCAAGACAGAGCAGGCACAGAGAAUUCCACUCCUGCUGGAGAGAGGAAAAUGUCAUCCCAUCAUUAAGGAACCCUCAUGAAUCCUGAAAGUUACGAGCACAACUAUUUUUAUAUAUAGAAGUUUUAAAAGGUAAAUAAAUAAACCAGGUCAGGUUUGUCUAUGUAAAAUUGUUGACAUCAAUGAUGUCUUUCCAUAUUCUUUAUCUGGGCUAAAGAAAUACAUUCUGUAUUUUUCCAGAUUUCUUUGUAGCCUUUGAAAGAUUUUUACAGUACUUAAUGUCUUGAUUGAACUGUCCUUUCUUAAAACAAAAGCUUGUAUAAUUUUCUUACCUUGUACAGUUGGUAAACUUUUAUGAGAGAGUUGAUAACCCUGAGU